GACUCAUGCUCAGUGUUUCAUUCUUCUUUCAGUUCAGUCUGACGGAGAGCAGCUUUCCUGCGCUGUAGCUUUUAAACUGUGGAGAAUUUGCUGUUCAGAUUUGGGGUGCUUCUCUUUCCCUGCAGUGAAGAACAUUGAAUGAUGGCAGAGAGGAGGUUAAGCAGCCUGGGCGAGUCUCCUCUGGAGGUGGAGGUGGGGCCCCGGCUGCUCAGGGUGAAGAUGGUUCUCUUGGGGGGCUCUGGGGUGGGCAAGUCCAGCCUGGCCCUCCGUUUCUGCAAGGAUGAGUUCAAAGCCAGCACCCCCACAGUCGGCUGUGCGUAUCUCACUCAAGUGGUGUGCCUGCAUGACUCCACGCUCCGCUUCGAGAUCUGGGACACCGCGGGAGAGGAGAAGUACCACAGCGUCACUCCACUGUACUACAGAGGGGCGCACGCUGCCCUGGUGGUGUAUGACAUCAGCAAAAAGGAGUCCUUUAUGAGGGCUCAGCUUUGGCUGAAGGAGCUGGAGAAGCAGUACAUCCCGGGGGAGACGGUGGUUGUGCUCGUGGGGAACAAGGCAGACCUGUCUGACACCCGGCAGGUGCCGCUGCAGGUGGGCUACAGACUUGCAGAGAGCAAAGGUUUGUUGUUCAUCGAAACAUCUGCCAAAUCAGGAGAACAAGUCAGCGAGCUGCUUAUGACCAUUGCCCAUAGGGUGAAGCAGAGCAGCUCGGAGGUCAGGGGCCUGAUCGAAUGGCCGGAGGCAGAGUGCGUAGGAGUGCUCCAGGGCGAGAGGUCCAGCCUGCUCGGUGCUUGCUGCUCAGUGGGCUCCUGACCCCAUGGGGCUGAAGGACAGGAAGGUCAUGGAGGAACCAGGCCCAGUUUGGCCUGGAGGUGACACAACAUGUUCAAGGAGAGACACUGAAAGGCAAACAGCUGGAGGACUGUCAUAGCCUCAGCUUAGAUGCAUUCUCUUCAAUGUGAACUAUACGGUGGGUAUUUAACAAAUAAAUGCAUUUUCAGGCUCAAAGUGGUGGGCUACCUGGGACUUGCCCCUGCAAUCUUUGUUUGCAGCAAGGAAAUGUUACCUAGAGUGUCUUGAGCCUGAGUUUCUGUAUCUCCUUGAUACCCUAUUGGCCCUGCCUUUGGCUUGGGGCCACUGCUACAGCAGCCACCCAUGUCAUUAGUACUACUGUAUGGCUGUGCACAAUCCUACCAGGACAUGAUGUCAUUAGUACUGUAUAAUUUACAUGCACUGUCAGAAAUAGAGGUACAGUGGAGGUACAGUACAAUUUUGUUAAUUAAAGGACAAAUACAGUAUACAAAAUGCACGCUGAAAGGUACUACACAAACAAUAAAAGGUACAGAAUAAUUAUUAAACCCAUGGCUAGGGUAAAAUUUUAUGUACCUAUAGGGUACCACCCGUGUGACUUUUUCAUACCUUUUUUCUGAGAGUGUAGGCAUACAGAAAAUUAGCAAUUUAUGGCUGUCUACUGUAAGCAUACAGGCAGGAUGUGAUGUCAUUAGCCUCGAACCACCAGCAUUCUGCCAGGAUCUGCUGUUAAGAGAGGCCCAAGAAAUCUGGAAUUGUGGUGCUAUGAGUGGUCAUCUCUAAUGCUGAGUGCUCUAGUGCUAUUAUUCUGACAGCCAUUAACUACAUUGGUCACAUAGGUUCUUGCUUGCGAGAAAAGUUUUGGUGUGUGUAUGUGUGUGUGGGUGAGAUACAAAGAGAGAGGGACGGAGAGAGCAGUUGGAGGUUUUUGUUGUUUUGAAGAUUUUCCUAUGAUAGAAAAUAAUUGUGCGAGUUACAUACCCUGUCUCUUGGCAUGAUAUAUUCUCAAGUGCUAGAAUCCUUUUACCAUUUUUUAAAAUAAUUGUCGAUUUGGGUUUGCAAAUUUUGCUUAUGCAAUACGGUUACGAUAGAAGCAAAAAGUAUGGGAAGAUAUUGUUCAAUGCUCAAGAAAUAUGCGCACAUACCCCUUAGAUGUUCACCCGUGGCUCUGGUGAAUAUUAAAGAGAUGACCUUGUGAACCAACGAAACUUAGGCUGCUGAUAGAUAUGACUCUCCGGGAGUGCUAGUCUGGCCCAUAUGUGUCCUGUCCAGCAGUAUAUUACUGACUGACAGUGAACAAAGACAGUGCUCUAAUGGUUGGCUUGUUUGCAGUGCAAAGAGAAGCUGUCAGCAUGGUAUUUAAAUUCGGAGUUCUUUGACUUCUUCCUAACGGUUCCCAUCCAGCAGGAAUGACUCAUCCCCUGUGUCUGUUUGUUUUUUUCCGUUCUCUGCUAUAUGAUCCUGUAAUGGAGAACACGUGUUCGCGUACUUACCCCCGUACACGUGACAGUGACGGCCUCUUAGCUGCGUCCCUGAGCCCCAAGGAGACAGUCACAGAGCUGGGGUCUCGGGGGGCUUUCCUGCCCACCCCACACAGCUGGUGAAAUUCAGGCCCUGGGCACACUUGGACUCUGUUUUUGUCACUUUUGUCUGUUCAUUGAGAUAAUUUGUUUUUUCCCUGCCUGCAACCAUGCAAAAGGUAGUAGAUUGUUUUUUGACAGAAAAUAGAUGUUCCCUCUCAAUUGUCUCUUAACAUUUACUACACAAUUAAAAGGAAGUAUUUUAACACCUCUCACCAGCCACCCCCCUCGUUUAACUGGAAACUCUCUCCACUGAUGGGUGAUGACUGCUCUGGCACAAAAUGGCUUCCAGGUGGGCACUACAUGGAAAAUUACACUGUGAAGCCCUUUGAGGCUUUUGAAAGGGAUUACACUAUGUAAUUGGCAUUCUUUAUUAUAACAUAUGCAGUGGCAGCUGACCUUAGAGUAAACUAACUGAAGGUAUCUUAAGACAUUUGAAAACACAGUAAAGCCCCCACGCAAAUAUUGAUGUCUGUUCAAUGGAAGGCUUUCAAUAAAAUUCUGAGUCUGUAUUCAGUUUAGAAAACCAUCUGAUUUAAAGAACGAGUAUAUCUUUGGUUUUGUUUUUAUCUGGAAAAUGCAUUGUAAUUUUGUCUAAGCCACUGACUUGCUCUGAUCUAAGAAAUCAACUGAAGGGCAGAGCCCACCGUCGAUGUUAAAGCAAUUUGGUUAUCUUGUUUCCCUAGUGGUUUUGUUUUGGAGAAGUUUCUGGCAAGGCUACAGAGAGAAAGCUGCACUUUUUUAGCAGUUUGUCUGCCUGUGCAUAUUGUUGAACAUAUUCAUCAUAUUUUUUUGUACCCCCUCCUUUGUUAUUGUUCUUGCCCCAUCCAAUGCACAGUUGUGUACAUUCUGUUUGUUGAAAUGAUUUAUUUAAACAGAAAUACUUGCAGUUAAUUUAAGCACUCCAAGGAUCCACUUUCAAAGAUAAACAUACUGUAUUCAUUUCUACUGAAGCUCUAGGACCUGAGCAUACAUUGGGGGUCAUAUAAUGUAACUGUACGCAAUAAAUUGUCUGUUUUCAAUUCUUUGUUGGCAGCAGUGUGGCCUUGGCAAAUAUGCAAGAGUGAAAGCUGAAAUGCAGCUCAAAAAUCAUCCUAUCCAUUGCUCUGGAAACUAGGCACUGUUGGGCAGAAGUCGUGGGGAAACUUUAACCGUGUCCUUUAAUGUCAAUCUGAAUUGACUUUGAUGUAAUGUAAAUAAAAUGAAUAUUACACACACUA